AUGUCCGUGGUGAGCUCAGACGUGCCCGACCGAGAGCAGCCCACUUUCCAGACCAUCUUCAUCCUGCUCAUCUCCGGGCUCGAGUGCGCCGUGGGCGUCAUCGGGAACGGUUUCAUCGCCGCCAUCCACGGGACGGCCUGGGCCCGGCGCAGGAGGGUCCCCCUGUGCGACCGCAUCCUGCUCUUCCUGAGCGUCUCCAGGAUCCUGCUGCAGAUCUGGAUGAUGGUGGAGAACACGUACAGUCUCCUGCUCUGGCGCGCCUACAGCCAAAACACGGUGUACACGCUGUUCAAGGUCAUCCUGAUGUUUCUGAACUACGCCAACCUCUGGCUGGCCGCCUGGCUCAACGUCUUCUACUGCCUGCGGAUCGCCCACUUCACCCACCGCCUGUUCUCCCUGCUGCGGAGGAAGGUGGUGGCGCUCAUGCCCUGGCUCCUGCGGCUGUCGCUGCUGGCGUGCCUGUGCUUCAGCCUGCCCUUCUCCCGGGACAUCUUCCAGGUCUACGCCAACAGCUCCGUGCCCGUCCCCACCCUCAACGCCACCGAGAAGAAGUUCUUCUACGAGACCAACCUGGCCGGCCUGGUUCUCCUCAUGUACCUGGGCAUCUGCGUUCCGCUCGUCCUGUUCGUGCUGGCGGCCGCCCUGCUGAUCCUCUCGCUCAGGCGACACUCCCGCCUCAUGAGGAGCAAAGCCUCGGGCUCCAGGGACCCCAGCAUGGAGGCUCACCUGGGGGCCAUCAAAGCGCUCAGCUAUUUCCUCGUUCUCUACAUCCUCAACGCCAUCGCGCUGUUUCUUUCCAUGUCCAACCUCCUGGGCCCCACCAGCACCUGGAAUAUUGUCUGCAAAGUCAUCAUGGCGGCCUACCCCGCCGGCCACUCUGUGCUGCUGAUCUUGAGCAACCCGGGGCUGAGAAGAGCCUGGAAGAGGUGCUAA